GUACGAAGGAGAAGUGAGUGAGUGGGUGUCUGUGCCUUGGCAACCGCUAAUGGUCUGUAUAACUAGGAUCAGCAUCCUCUAGCUUCACUAGCUUCCCGCAUCCAGAAGACACGGUAGGAAAAAUAUUAAUCUCGUCGAAAUUUGAAAUGGGCUCGGCUGUCAGGUUAAAUCGGACUACGCUACUGGCGGUUCUAGUAUGUAUGACGGGAUUGACAUCGGGGCGCAACACCCGCACGGCGGACCAGGUGUCUGAAGCCGACAUCCAACGCCUCCUCCACGGUGUGAUGGAGCAACUGGGCAUCGCUCGGCCGAGGGUCGAGUACCCCGCUCACCAAGCUACCAACAUCGUCGGCCCUCAGAGCAUCCAAGGUGGCGCUCAUGAGGGGCUGCAGCACCUGGGUCCCUACGGAAACAUCCCCAAUAUUGUAGCAGAGCUGACAGGAGACAACAUCCCUAAAGACUUCACUGAGGAUCAGGGGUACCCUGAUCCUCCCAACCCCUGCCCACUGGGAAAGACAGUUGCAGAUGGAUGCAUGGAGAACUCCCCUGAUACGGCAGAGUUCAGCAGAGACUUCCAGAAGCACCAGAACCUGUUUGACCCGGAGCAUGACUACCCUGCUCUGGCCAAGUGGAACAAGGAGCUGUUGUACCAGAAACUGAAGGGUGGCCCAAACAGAAGAAAAAGGAGCACUAACCCAUACCUGCUGGGACAGCGGCUGGACAAAGUUGUUGCCAAGAAGUCAGUUCCCCACUUUCCUGAGGAGGAGGAGGAGGGGGAAAACACUGCCAUUAAAACAACCCCUAGCAAGACCACAACCUGAAAGCUCCUUUAACGCCCACUCACCUUACCUUACCUUACGUAUCGUAAUCACCUGUCAAAUCUACUGAUCAAAGUAGAAAAGUGUAUGAAAAUGUAUGAAGUAUUGAGAGUAUAAUGCUAAUUAAAGAAAUUGCUUUUUCAUCAUGGCAUAGUAUGACCUAUAUGUUCCAAUACAAUAAUCAGUUGCAGUAUUGAUGUGGUCAGAUGUUUGGUUACAUAUAUUAACAAAUUCAGUUUGUAUACAGAAGUUAUUUACAUUGAAUUCCAGAUAUGUCAAUCAUAACACAUGUCUAUUUUCUAAAGUCAGACUUGGUGGAAAUUAUUAUAAAUUAUUGUCAUAUUAUUUCAGUUGUAUGUGCACUGAACUGUUACUGCUUUCAUGAACUACAUUAUUAAUCAAUUAUACUGUAUGUGUGCUGAUUUGAACACUGUAAUUUGCUGUCGUUUUCCAAUUUGCAUACUGCAUAAACUUCCACAGUUUCUUUGUUGUUCAUUGCAAAGUCAAAUAAAUAAUUUAAGCUGCA